AAUAUUUGCUCAUGAAUAAUAUUGUUUAAACGAAAUACAUAAAGGCCACGAAAAUUAAAAAUAUUUGCAUUUUAACUUCAGCUCGCAAAAUGGAUACUAGGAUAUUUUUUGUGUUUUGUGCGUUUGCGAUUGCGAGCAUAAAUGGCUUCGUCAAAUGCGACGUGAUCAGUGAUAUGGAACAAGACCCGGAAAUAGCAGAAGCACCGACGGGCGUUGUGGAUCGACUUAAGUACUGUUAUAGUGAAACAUUAGCUCAUACAGUAAACACGGUAAAGAAAGACCACCUACAGCCACUGCUUAACUUCUUCGAACAAUCUUGGAACAAAAUAAGACGGGUUGAGACGUACAAUCCUGUGAAGUAUGACGGGCAAAUAAAGAGGGUACCUGUUACAUGGGAGGACUUCCAGAAUGACUUAAAGGAAUUCAGAAAAUGCUUCCGUCAGACUGUAGCAGAAAUUCUCGAUGACUUUACCGAGACUGGGUUGCAACCGGUGUUCCGCAGUGUCGAAGAUCAUUUGGGCAAGCUGACCAGAGUGGUUGAUAUUUUGACCGCGUCCAAGGAAAUGAAACCAAGCGAAAAUCCAGAACAGGUGGAACAGAUGUAAUAAAGUCUAAUUGUAUUAUAA